AUGAACACAGCACAAUUAACACUGUGUGGAAAAUAUCCACUUGAUUACCCUACAGCAAGACGGGUCAUCUCCAUACUCAAUGUAUUUAUUAUUGCUCUCGCAAUCUACCGCGCCUACAGCAUUCGUAUGAUUUCCAUUCGUGUGUACGGUUGGAUUAUCCACGAAUUUGAUCCGUGGUUCAACUUCCGAGCGUCGGAGUACCUCGACGAGCACGGGUGGGAUGCCUUUUUCCACUGGUACGACUACAUGAGUUGGUAUCCGCUUGGUCGGCCCGUGGGCACAACCAUCUUUCCUGGACUGCAGAUCACAAGCGUCCUUAUUCGCAGGGCCCUUUCCAUGCUGGGAGUGAGCAUGACGAUGAACGAUGUGUGUUGCUUGAUUCCGGCAUGGUUUGGCUCAGUGGCGACUGUAUUGGCUGCGCUUCUGGCGUACGAGACGUGGGCUCGUUUUCAGGGCUGCCA